UCUUGGCCGCGGCCGGCUCGCGCUCAUUCACUUCAGUCCACAGCCGACUACCGCGGCGAACGCACGCGACGAUUUACGCGCCUCCGAUGUUAGUUUACGAUUACGACAUCGCGUCGCAACACGGAAUUUCGCCGUGACAUUGAAUAUAACUAUUUCGAAUAUGGGUUAAACGACCCCGUAGACGAAAUGAGUCCGGGCGAGCGCGCCGCCUUAGGGCGCCGCGAAGCCCCUCGCCCUCACUAUGCGGCCACCGCACCGGGUUUCCCGCCACCGUACUAUCCGCCCUAUGGUGUGCCACAUCCUAAUGCAUGGCUAGGGGCACCCCUUAUAUCUAUGGCAGGACGUACACCGCCACCUCGUGAAAACCCUGUAUCUAAGCUUGCGAUGCAUACACAGGGCGCUCCACUUAUAAUUCAAAAUAGACACGAUCGAAGAAAAUACACUACUAUACCUGAACAACGAAAUCAUCGCCCCGUGGGACAAACAGAAAAUUUUACGAAAGACAGAAGUGAUGUGUCUGAAAACAACAGGCCAAGAAAUCAACAUCAUCAACAACAAACACGUCCAUCGCGCAGCGGCCGUAACAACAACACGGAUGCAGUUAGCGUAGCGAGUGAUGAAAGUUCCGGAUCUACGAAUUCUGAAACAAUGCUACCGAGAAUCAUAAAACCGCGAAAGCGACGUAAAAAGGACCGAAAACCCAAUAAUAUGGUACCACAUGAAUUGACAUCUGCAGUAUUGGAUCUAGGCGAUGUCGAACAUUGUGCAGUUACGAAUAUGGGGUCAACGGCGCACGGUGUUUACGAGGAAUCUUAUUGCCGUGAUAUAUCGUUGCCCUAUCGUUUAGACGUAAAAGUGUUAGAUUACCCGGAUCCAGCGCCAGAGACUUAUAGAGUAUCUGCGUUAGGAGAAGCUUUGGAGGCUACGCGUUUUGGAUUAGUAGAGGCAGCUUCACCGUCAGAAUCUGCUGUUAGUUCAUGUCAGUGUCGUUACUGUGAUCCUGUCGGACAGAUUUGGGAUGCUGAUUCAAUAGCUCAUUUAUUGGAUGAAAAUUCUAGUGUAGAUUUUGCCCCGACUAAAUUAGAAGAGUCGAUGAAGAUAGUUGGUCCAUUGGGCAGACGUGGCGCCGAUACAAUGUUAAGACGAAGUUGGAGUGAUCCAUCGGCGCGAGUACCGGAAAGAAAAGUAAAUAAUAGCGAUACGAUGUCGGCUCCAAAUCUUUAUUCUUUAUUCCCACCGCCGAGAAGAACCAGUUUUCCGGAGCCUAGGUCGCCACUGGCUUUGGAAAUAUCGUCAGAGAUUGUUACUUCGAUGAACGGACACCGUGACUUGGAAAUUAAGUUAUUUUCGACCUCGCCCCCGGCCUCGACCUCCGAACGUCGUUCUUUCUUCGAUGAUAAAAGUGAAAGUGCCGUUAACGAUAGAUGUGCGAACACAAAUUCAAAGCAGAAAGCAAACAGUGCAGUGAGUAGUGAAAAGAUGGUGUCGAGUGCAAACAAUAUUCAAAAAAGUGAAAAACAUUUGGAUUCGGGAUGCAUAAAGGCACUACUAAUUGGCGAUAAUUCGCGCAACAUUUGUGAUUUAGCCUUAGUUUCUGUCUGAGGUCGUCGAUGACCAUGUUUAUAAUAAUUAUAACAUUUGGAAGCGUAUGAUUACCAGUCCAGGGGCUUAACGCUCGCCAUUUGAGCUGGACUCAAAUUUUCAUAGCGAGGCAAAUACGGAGCGUCUCAACGCGACCCUAUGAUAUUGAGAUCUCCGAAUCGGUUUCCUGUAGAUCCUAUAAUUAAUUUAUUUUUUAACCAUAGUUUAUGAAACUGAAAUGAAACUUUGUCUGGAAAUUUUAUAAUUUGUGAUUCGCCGUUAUGACUAAAUAUUGUCAUUCAUUAGUGGGAGAGAUGAUUCUGGGUGCAUUGUGUUAAGUUGAUAGAGAGCGUUUUAAAUACCUGAAGAUUAUUAUGCCAGUAAAAAAUAAUGAAUGUUGCAAUAUUAUAUUAUUAUUUUGUCCCAACUUGUGUGCAAUUAGCGUUUCACACUACUGACACGGUUGCGGAUGCGUGCUCGCUAUUGCGGUUUCCCGAGGUUUUCACCGCGCGCCGUUCCGGGUGGCGCCUCGUGCGCACCGGUUCAUAGCGUUAAUGACUUUUUUUUUCCAUUUCUACUCGUGGCUCACUUUUACCAUAACCGUUUACUUUGACGACCUCCUGGUCUUGAAAACUAAUGACCUUAAAUAUUAAACGUUUAAUUUAUAAUUUAAUACGCGUACGUUAAUACGUAAAUUAGCACUUCUAUUCGCUAUCAUAAGUUUUUCUACCAUUAGUAAGUUAUCUUCAUACGUUAAUGGUAUGGUAGCUCGAGUGGCAACAACUGUAUUAUAUUUUUUACUGCACAUAAUUGAAUAUUUAAUAGAACGGUAUUCAUACAUCACUGGUUACGUAGAUAUUUGAACAAUACAUUUAAGUCAUGAUUUAGUUUGCAUAUAACUUUUAUUAGACUAGACUAUAAAAAAAUGAUAAUCAACUUUUAGCCUCUUCAAAGCUUAAACCGUGUAUAGUUACCG